GAAGGAAAACUCCAGGAAACCUGUCACGGACUGAAUUUCUAGGGUUGUGAGACAUCCAUCACCAGAGAGCAGUGCACAAUGUCAACUGCAGGAGUUGCUGCUCAGGAGAUGAGAGUCCCAUUAAAAACCGGAUUUCUUCACACUAGUCAAGGCAUGGGGAGUCUGAAAACCUGCUGGGGUAGCCACAGUGGAUUUGAAAAUACUUUCUUUAAUGUGGACCCUAUAGCAGUGGCGUAUAACUUGAAUCCAUCAACAGAGCAACAUUUACCAUCCAUUGGGCACUCUUCCAACCAUGUUUCUGUGAAUGACCACAGCUUUGCCGAAACUUGCACCCAAGUCCCAUCUCAGAAAUCCAGUCCACCUCCUUUAAGUCCCAAAACUGAACAGCCCAUUUCAAGAUAUGAAGACCAUCUCGUUCCUGGCUUUAGUAAACUGUCAUUAACCAUGGGCUGUGUUUCUGAAGAAACACCUCCUCACAUGCCAAUAAAACAUGGGCCAAUUCAAUUCCUGUCUACAUCUUCCAGUGACCGGAGCUCCAGGCCACUGCCCCCUCUGCCUAUUUCUGAAGACCCUACUCCAGAUGAGGUUGACAAGGAGGUGGAAUUCCUCACUAGCUCAGAUACUGACUUUUUGUUAGAAGAUUAUGAACUUCCUCCUUUUAAAUCCAGUGCUCCAAGCCGGCGGAGCUUUAGGGGCUGUGGACAAAUCAACUAUGCGUAUUUUGAUACUCCAACAGGACCAAAACCAGAAGAUGCCAACCCCACACAAAGCCUAAGUGGAUAUAUAUCCAGUAUUUAUCCUCCUCCACAGCAGCUGCAUCGACGUUUGCGAAGGUCCCAUUCUGGGCCAGCUGGAUCUCUUAAUAAACCAGUCGUAAGACUAUCUGGACAUUUAAACAGGUCUUCUCCAAACUCUGAUGAAGAUAAACCAGAGAUUCCACCACGGGUUCCCAUACCUCCAAGGGCUCUCAAACCGGAUUACAGAAGGUGGUCAGCAGAAGUUGCUUCUAGUGCAUACAGCGAUGAAGACAGGCCUCCAAAAGUGCCCCCCAGAGAACCUUUGUCACGCAGCAAUUCCCGUACGCCAAGUCCCAAAAGCUUGCCAUCAUACCUCAAUGGGGUUAUGCCCCCCACCCAGAGCUUUGCACCUGAUCCUAAGUAUGUCAGCAGCAAAGCUCUACAAAGACAAAAUAGUGAAGGAUCUUCCAAUCUUCCGAUCAUUGAAAAUGGUAAGAAGGCCAGUUCAACGCACUACUACCUGCUGCCCGAGAGGCCUCCCUAUUUGGACAAGUAUGAGAAAUUCUUCAGAGAGGCAGAAGAAAGUAGCUCUAGCCCAGAGGUUCAGUCGUGGUCUGACGACUGCACAGCCACCUCAGCCCCAGCAAAACUGGACUCAAAGCCUAGAGUGGACAUAGCUGGUCACCUGAAACGAAAACAUCUGUCUUACGUGGUUUCUCCAUAG